AAGCCCAUAGGGACCUCACCGAGGUUGUGGGCAUGGAACAGAGGAUGAAGAGAUACCUUCUGAGCAGAAGGUUUCAGUAGCAGUUUCACAGGUCAGGACUUCUAAGGCAGGUUCAUCCAUGCAGAAGACUUACCUCUGUGAAAAAUGUUUCCCAAUUCUGCAGGACAUUUUGCACCUGGAUGAUCUACCUGGGCAGAAAUUCAGAAUUGGGACAUAUGCAGAUCUUCACCAGCACCAAAAGCAUCACAGUACAAAGAAGCUCUUGAUGAGGGACGUUGAAAAAUCCUCGUAUUUGAAACACUUCCUGUUCCGCAUGUCAAGGAAGCCCUUUGCCAGUUGGGAGAUUGAGAAGGACCUCCCAGCCAUGUGGAGCCUUGUCAAGUCCCCAGCAUUUCCCAGUAGUGAAAAGCCCAAUAAUACCUCCAAGGGUGGGGAGGUCAGUCAUAGUCAUAAAAGUCAUAAGUCAAGAGAAUGUGGGAAUUCUGUCAGCCACAAGCACACUCUUGUUCACCGCCCCAAAGUUACCACUGGUAAAAAGCUUUAUGAGUGCAGCAAAUGUGGGAAAACCUUCCGUGGCAAGUACUCACUUGAUCAGCACCAGAGGGUACACACUGGAGAAAGGCCUUGGGAGUGCAGUGAAUGUGGGAAAUUCUUUAGCCAAACCUCCCACCUGAAUGAUCACCGGAGAAUUCACACUGGAGAAAGGCCUUAUGAGUGCAGUGAAUGUGGAAAAUUAUUUAGACAAAACUCCAGCCUUGUUGACCACCAGAAAAUUCAUACUGGAGCAAGGCCUUAUGAGUGCAGUCAGUGUGGGAAAUCCUUUAGCCAAAAAGCCACCCUGGUUAAACACCAGAGAGUUCACACUGGAGAAAGACCUUAUAAGUGUGGUGAGUGUGGGAAUUGCUUUAGUCAAAGUGCCAUUCUUAAUCAGCACCGCAGAAUUCACACUGGAGCAAAGCCUUAUGAGUGUGGUCAGUGUGGGAAAUCCUUUAGCCAAAAAGCUACACUCAUUAAACACCAGAGAGUUCACACUGGAGAAAGGCCUUAUAAAUGUGGCGAAUGUGGGAAAUCCUUUAGUCAAAGCUCCAUCCUUAUUCAACACCGGAGGAUUCACACUGGAGCGAGACCCUAUGAGUGUAACCAGUGUGGAAAAUCCUUUAGCCAAAAGUCUGGCCUCAUUCAACAUCAGGUAGUUCACACUGGAGAAAGGCCUUAUGAGUGUGACACGUGUGGGAAUUCCUUCAGUCAAUGUUCUAGCCUCAUUCACCACCAAAAAUGUCACAACGCGUAGGGGCAUCAUGAAAGCAACAAAUACAGGGAAGUUUUCAGCCCAAGGUUUAGCAGCUCCUGAAAGCCCACACUUGAGAAAGGCCUUAGACCUGCAGGAGGUGUCAUCUUUUUCAGAGAGGCUUUGUGAAGGAACCACCUGCCUAAAGUUAACACACUUCCUACUACCCAGUGAGGGCAGUGUCCCCGUGUGUUCGUGAUGAGUGAGCCUUCCAGGAGCUCCAUGCACUUCUCAACUGAUGGGGGCCAUGUCAAGAGCUAAGUCACUGCCACUGUCUCUGGUAGAAGGCAUCUUCCUCUGCCACUUUGCACAGUGUCCAUCGGUCACUGGAGCACGUGAGGGAAGGCGAAUGCUUAUUCCCUGGAGGAAGUCUUGAGCAACCUGGGCCUUCAGGGAGAGUUCUUUCCCUUUUCUGACUGAUUAAAGCACACGUAUAACCUAGUUUUUACCAUGAAAACCUAGUCUGCUGGAGGCUUUCAGGAAUGGCUGAUUUUCUUCAUCAAAAAGUUGUUUUUUCAGUCUCACAUGACAGUUGGGUUAAUUUUUUCAGCCUUCUAUUUACCAAAUGGUAACUACCUGCCUUGCAUUAGUCUUGAUUGUGUGCUAAUAAAUGCCUUAUUGUUAAAGCUACCUUUAAUUAUGGGGUUGAGUUUACUAUGUCGGGAGGCUGGAAGACACUUUGUGAUAUUUGAAAGGAUGGACAGCUUUCAUGGGUCAACUGUUCUUCAGGGACAGUAAAAUAACAGUUCUCAUUUUGCUUUCAGGCUGGUUUGUAUUGCUGCCCUAGACAACAUGGGAAAUAAUGCAGGAUUUUACCCUGAUUUGUGGUUUGGAUGGUCACAAUUUUCUGUGAGACUAUAGGUCCACCUGGGGAGAGGCCAGCUGUUGUGACAGGUUUCUGUGAUUGGGUGAAUAGAAUGAAUUCACUCUGUUGUUCCCAGAGGAUGUUGUUUUGCAAUGCCCAUGUGGAGGAGAAAAUGUUCACAGGGCUUUACAAGAAGCCAUCUGCCUUGAUACCAGUCAUUCCAUUUCAUAGAUUGGUGUCACUCAUAUGAUGGCUGGAGCCAGCUGUGAACCUUAAUUGGUUUAGAAAUCAUAAAUACUGGGUGUGGAGAAGGAACUUACAGUAAACUGCAUGAAAUGUGCCUCUUGCAAAGGUGCAUCCACAUAUCUUCCAGUGACUGAGCAUUCACAGGACCUAGAGGUCUGUGUAUGCCCAAUAGCUGUGGUCAUUGUCAAGGAAAAUAAAGGUUUUGUGGAUUCAUAUUGUCUUUCUGGGUUGUUCACCUGAAGUGCAUUGCUGUAGAAGCAGGAAAAUAAGGAGAUCAUGGUGAUCCUACAGUCCAGGGUUAUAGCUCUGGUGAUCCUGUCAGUGUUCUGUUGUUUGAUAUUACAACAGCAUUCCUUACUGCACCAAUAGAGAGCUGCCCUUUCCCAUGCAUGAGGAUGGAGAUAGUGGAAUCAACAUGGGUUAUUACCAGAAAAAUAGUUUAGGCUUUGAAUUUGGUUUUGGAAUCACUUUUUAUAAACUUAUUUAUAUAUAGUUACUUGGAAUAACUGAUGUUUAUGGUGUAUAAUUUGAAAAGUUUUGUCUCAUAAAUUCCUGAAACCAUUAUAGUGAUCAUAAAUAUAUCUACAAUUUACCUCAUGCCAUAUUAUCUCCCCAUAUUCCCCAGGUUUGCAAGUAUCCAGUAAUUUACUUUUAUUCACAUGACAAUAACUUGUGAAUGAAAUAUUUUAUGAAUCCAACUACACAUUUUUUGCUACAUGAUUAUUUUGAGAAAGAAUCAUCUCUACUGCUUAUAUGAACAGUUCAUCCUUUUAUUGCUGAGUCAUAUUCAGUUCUAUGGAUAUGCUAUUGUUUAUUUUCUAUCUAUUUAUCUAUUUAUUUA